AAUGUUAAACAUUUUUAAACUAUAUAAAAUAUAACAGGGAUAUACUGCUAUUCGCCUCAACCUCUAUAAAUUACGUUUUUAUCAAACAUACAUGCCAGGUUCUACUUACACCUAAUAAACGUUUACACCUUCAAUCUACAAUAAAGAAAGGAAUUUUUUUUUCUUUUAAUCCGACUGACUAAAAACAUUAGAAGCCUUGUUCAAGGAUUAGUGGCAUCCUUACAUAAAGGGCAGACCAUUAAGUAGUGCAGACUGUGAGACUCAAGUUUAUGGGAACGUAUUAGAUACCUGUAUCAGAAAACUAAAGGUCUAAAAGCCUUAACAAAAUAACUUACCUUACAAUACAUGCCAUCAUUUUAGAAUAAUUUCUUUUAAUAAAGUGUUCACCUAAUUUCUGAUUUCCACUUAAGUUUUAUAAUACGCGGGAAAGUGAUGCUAAGACUACAUAACUAUCUCAUAGUAGCAGAAAAUUAGACUAUAAUCUUCCUUAAAAAAAUAAUAAUCAUAAUGUUACUAAUUUGUGAAGCGAAAUAAAAACGCAUAACACGAUACACAAGCAAUUUUUCAGCUGCAAUGUCUGAAGCAAUCGAUGCUUUCAAUCAGAAAAAAGAGGAGCUAAAACAACAGAAACUUGAACACAAGACACGUUGUAUAAAAAAAAGGCAAUGGGUUGAAACUAAGCUCACUGAUGAAGAAAUUGCUGCUAAGCGCGCCAAUUUCGAUCCAGCGGAUAGAAUCAAGAGAAAGAAAUGUGCCCUUUUGAUGGGUUACUCUGGUGCAGAGUACUAUGGCAUGCAGAGAAAUCCGGGAAUGCUUACCAUCGAAGAGGACCUGUUUGCUGCCAUGUUAAAGCAUAAAUGGAUCACAGAAGAAGGAUUUAAUCAAGCUCAGCAAGCACAGUUUCAGCGAGCUGCUCGAACUGAUAAGGGCGUAUCGGCAGCUCGACAAAUAUGUUCUAUAAAACUGCCCGAUGAUAUUGACGUGGCAGCCUUGAACGCAGAUCUUCCUGAAGUAAUUCGUGUUUUUGCAGUAAAACGUGUUACGAAAGGCUUUAAUGCAAAAGACAAGUGCAACGCAAGGACCUAUACCUACACGCUUCCUUCGGUAGCCUUUGAACAUCAUUCCAAGGAACUUAACAUGGAAACAUAUCGAAUAUCGAAUGAAGUUUUGGAGAAGAUUAAUUCAGUUCUUAAACUCUAUGAAGGAACCAAAAACUACCACAAUUUUACAAGUAAAAAAAAUUUUCUAGACCCUUCUUCCAAACGUUUUAUGAUUUCAUUCACAUGCAGCGAUCCAUUUAUCAGCCCUCAGGGUGUUGAAUUCCUCACAUUAAAGGUAAAAGGCCAGAGUUUUAUGUUGCACCAAAUUAGAAAAAUGGUUGGAGUCGCUAUAUCUGUGGUAAGAGGAAAUACCACCCAAUCAACAAUCAUUCGAGCAUUUACAGAGGAAAGAUUGGAUCUUCCAAUGGCUCCUGGUCUAGGCUUAGUACUUGACCAGGUGCAUUAUGACCGGUACAAUGAUCGUUAUGGUGAAGAUGGAAUACACCAGCCUUUAAAGUGGGACGAACUGGAACCGGAAAUAGAGAAAUUUGUUGAGAAAUAUAUUUACGCAAAUAUUUACGAAACUGAAUACAAAGAAAAGUCCAUGCUUGAGUGGUUGGAGACUCUGAAACUACAUUCAUAUGAUGUUAGAGACAAUAAACAUGAUGUGAAUGGGUCCGUGGAGAAGAAUGACGCUGCAGAGCUGGUGGCACAAUAAUAAACAUGUAUCUCUUUAAGGAUGGAAA